AUGCUCGAGAAGGACCCAACCUCGCCCGUCUCCCCCCUCGCUCCCUUCCCUCCCCUCCCCCCGACGGAGUCCCGCACCCGCGCACCCGAGUUUUACGGCUUCGUCGCAUGGUCCUCCACCUCCCUCCUCUUCGCCCUCUAUCUCCUCUGGGCCCUCCUCCCAGAUCAAUGCAUCCUCGCACUCGGCCUGACCUGGUAUCCGAACCGCGAGUGGGCCGUCCUCCUCCCAGCCUACUCCAUCGUGCUCGUGCUCCUCACCUACUUCACAUACUUUGCCUUGGCACUCGCCGGGACACCCGCCUUCUCCGAUCUGAGCACGAUAACAGCAGACUCCAAAGCGCUCUUCCCUCCCCCAGACGCGCCAAGUCCAUAUCUGGGCCACGCGCGACCGAACGCGAUCCCCGAGAUGUACGACAUCCCCAUCGGGCUGGUCAACCGCGUAGCGUACGGGUCGCGCGCUUUGCCAGACACGAACGUGUGCCAGGACAGGUAG